CCAAAAGGCCUCAGGAGGGCGACUGCAGGUUAAAAAUGACAAGGAAUUUGUCUACUGGAAUCUCAAACACAACACGCCUGUUUUGCUGUCUCUGACCAGAUAAUUAAGAAGUGGAGCAAGGGAUUCAAUCGACCAUCCUUCCUGCUCAGACUGUGGGGAGGGUUUCACUCGAUCAUCCUUCCUGCUCAGACUGUGGGGAGGGAUUCACUCUAUCACCUGACUGACUGGCAUGCCCGGUCAUUUUACACAGGGGAGAGGCCAAUCACCUGCUCAGACAGUGGGAAUGGAUUCACUCGGUCAUCUCAACUGAAGGUACAUCAGCAAGAUCACACUGGGACAAGGCCAUUCACCUGUUCUGUGGGUGAGAAGGGAUUCAGUCGGUUUUCUCACCUGUUGACACCAGUCAGUUCACACUGGGCAGAGGCUGGUCAUCUGCUAAAUUUGUGGGGAAGGAUUUACUCGGUCUUCUGACCUAAUGGCUCACCAGCAAGUUCACACUGGGGAGAAGCCAUUCACCUGCUCAGACUGUGGGAAGGGAUUCACUAAAUCUUCUCAGCUACUGAGACACCAGUCAGUUCACACUGGAGAGCGGCCGUUCACCUGCUCAGACUGUGGGAAGGGAUUCACUCGGUCAUCUGACCUACUAAGUCAUCAGUCAGUUCACACUGGGGAGAAGCCGUUCAUUUGCUCAAUCUGUGGGAAGAGAUUCACUCACUCUUCCACCCUUCAGAGACAUCAGCGAGUUCAUACUGGGGAGAAGCCGUUCACCUGCUCAGUCUGUUGGCAGACAUUCACUCAGUCAUCCACCCUACAGAGACACCAGCGAGUUCACACUGGGGAGAAGCCGUUCACCUGCUCAGACUGUGGGAAGGGAUUCACUUGCUCAUCCCACCUACAGAGACACCAGCGAGUUCACACUGGGGAGCGGCCGUUCACCUGCUCAGACUGUGGAAAGGGAUUCGCUCAGUCAUCCACCCUAUUGGCACACCAGUCAGUUCACACUGGGGAGUGGCGGUUCACCUGCUCAGAUUGUGGGAAAGGAUUCACUCAGUCGUUUGAACUACUGGCACACCAGUCAGUUCACACUGGGGAGUGGCCUUUCACCUGCUCAGACUGUGGAAAGGGAUUUACUCGGUCAUCUGCUCUGCUGGCACACCAGCAGGUUCACACUGAGGAGUGGCCGUUCACCUGCACAGACUGUGGGAAAGGAUUCACUCGGUCAUCUCAUCUGCAGAGACACCAGCGAGUUCACACUGGGGAGAAGCCGUUCACCUGCUCAGUUUGUGAGAAGGGAUUCAGUCAGUUAUCCUCACUACAGAGUCACCAGCGAGUUCACACUGGGGAGAAGCCAUUCACCUGCUCAGACUGUGGAAAGGCAUUCGCUCAAUCUUCCACCCUAUUGGCACACCAGCGAGUUCACACUGGGGAGAGGCCAUUCACCUGCUGUGAAUGUGGGAAAGGAUUUGCUCGGUCAUCUCAUCUACAGAUACACCAGCGAGUUCACACUGGGGAGAGGCCGUUCACCUGCUAUGAAUGUGGGAAGGGAUUCACUCGGUCAUCUCAUCUACAGGCACAUCAGCGAGUUCACACUGGGGAGAGGCCAUUCAUCUGCUGUGAAUGUGGAAAGGCAUUCACACGAUCAUAUCUUCUACUGAAACACCAGCGAGUUCACACUGGGUAGAGGACGAUCUCCGGCUCCGGCUUGGGAAGAGAUUCUCUCAGCCAUCUCCCCCAAUUGUGCAUCAUUGAGUUCACACAGGGGAGUGGUCGUUCACCUGCUGUGAAUGUGGGAAGCAAUUCACUCAGUCAUCUAAUAUAGGGGGUGAUAGACCCUCCAGCCCAGCCAAACUUAAGAAAUCUCAUUUGGGUCGAUGCUGUGCGAUUUGUCCCGUUACAAAUCAGUACCCCAAAAUAACAAACAGUACACAAUAUGUGAUUAAACGAUUGAGCUUUAUAAUUCUUACUUUGACUAUAGGAUUAGUAGAGUAUAGAAAAGAAAAGAAAAAGGGCCCAUUCUCUCUAUUCACAUCUUCUCAUCUCUCCCCGGCAAAAGACCACGAAACUCUCUCUUCUGAACUCGCAAGAAAGAACAUUUCUGUCAUUGGAUAGCCCCGAACUCCAAAACUCUGUAAUCUCUAGUUGUAACCUAAGCAUUGCUGCUACAGAGAAACCAUUACCUCAGCAGUGAAACAUUGUAGGAAGGCCAUUACAUGAGCAGUGAAACCUUACAGCAUGUUAUACUGGGUUCACCAUGGGGAGAAAGUUUCAAUAAGCUGCAUGCUGGAUAUUUGUCCAUCACUGUUGCUGAAUAUAAUUUCGAGAGUGACUGUCAGUGCUGAAAUCUGCAAUUAUUGCUGCUGCUCACCACACCCAGUUCUGCAGCCUGGUCACUGGCAUGGAAGGAGUUUCUUCUGCUGCAAAUUCACUUUUAAUGGGACUGGAGUUUAAUAAGUGUCAACUCAGGCCAGCUGGACCUUACCAGUGAUUCUGUUCCACGGCAGUUCAUUUAAAGCUUCCACUGUUUUUUCAUCUCUCGCUCUCCCUGUGGUGAUGGGUUCCAAACAGUCACUGGGUGAAGAGGUCUCCCUUGAAUUUUCUGCAGACUGAAGAAGUCGAGCUGACAGCAGUUCUGUCUGAGAUGUUCUUUGCCCCUCAAAUCUCUGGGCUGAGGAAGAAUGACAUUGGUAGUUAACCUCCUUAAUCACGACUCAUUUCCACAUUAUGGGUCAUUUUCCUUGCUUCUAAAGUGUUGUUAGAGAACACCACUGUCCUCUAAAGACUGAAAGCAGAAUGGAAAACCAUUAGUAGGAUGUUCAGUGGAGCAGGGUCAGAAACCAGAGGCGGGUCUGCACAGGGCAGAGUUUGGGGCUGUGGAUGAUGGUUGAGGUUAGAACGUAUGAUGGGAAGGGAAUCGGCAGUGGGCAUGGCAACAAAUGACAGAAUAGCAACAUUUGGAAGCUGAUUGGCAGAGAAAAUCUUUCGGUUGUUGGAUGACACAAACAAUACCUAGGGUGAGGGGCUCCACUGGUCAAGGAACAUAUGUGUGUUGGGAAUGGUUUUAUCUAUUGAUGGAGUUGUUCCUGCUUGUUUAUCCUGUAAUAUUAUAUCCAGAUGGUUAUUAUGGAUUGUCCUAUCUGAAAUAAUGUAUUGAUUAAGGUAUAAUCUGUAAGAUUUUGAUUCUCAAACUGGAUCAGGGUUGAAUUUAUGGUACCUUGAUGAAGUGAUGGAGGGCAUUCAUGAGUUUGUAUUUUAAAGCAAGAGUUUUGGUGAGUGAUAUUUACCACUUGAUUGUACCUUUGUAAGUAAUCAGAUUGAGUUCAACUGCUGCAGGAUCCUGGAAUGUGUUGGAUUCUGUCUGGUUUCUCUUGCCAUUUCUGCACUUACUGCCUUGUUUGUCUGUAUUUCAUGUAUUUUCAGUUUUUUUUUCCUUUGGUUAACCACCUUGUCCUGUAUUUCUGCAAGGAACCCCUCUGUUUCUGGGAAGAGGUCUCCAACUCUCUGUCAGGUGCUCGAUGCUUCCCUGUCAACAUCUCGUCUGCUCAGAUCGUUGGGAUGUCUCCCAUGGAGGGUCACACUCAUUCCACUGGUUAAUGUUUUCUUCCAUAGUGAUGAUUCAUUUUUAUGAGUUGGCCUCUCAUUCAAGUUUUCUGGUCUGUAUUUCUUAUCACGAUUGCAUAUACACACAUGGAGUGCUGAAUCCUGUUCAUUUUUGAUGAAAAUGUAUACUUAAACGUUUUAUCUGUCCCAUUCUUUAAAAACUGAAUUGGUCAUCGAAGGUUUUAAAAAAUAUAUUUAGAACAAAUGGGACUAAACAAAGAAAAUCUCCAUAGACCAAAGAAUUUCCUAAAUUGUACCCAGAUCCUCAAAGUAUGUUUAGCUACCAAAUUUUCAGUUAGUUUACUUAAAGAUAAAGGGAGUGAGGAUCCGAGAAGCGAAAUAAUAGAACAUUUAUUGACAGAGUUAGCUUCUAAAGAAACCCAUAUUGGACAUUCCUCAUGGUUAAUAUAAUAUGCCCAAAACAUAAGAUUUCGUAUAUUGACUGCCCGAUAAUAAAACCUAAAAUUUGGUAAAGCUAAACCUCUAUUCUUUUAGAUUUUUGAAGAUGAACUUUAUUUAGUUGAGAAUGUUUGUUUUUGCAUAUGAAAAGAUGUAUUAGGAAUAAAAACAGGAUAGAUUGGGUAUUAAAUGAUUCCAGGAUUUGUUUGUUGGCAGAAGUCUUCUUUUGUUUGAGCAAAUGUCGGCUACAUAUAGUUUAUCCAAAACUCAUUUUUUUCGUUAUUUACAAGUUAGAGACUUUCUGCCUUCUCAACCAUAUACAUUUCCUACAAUUUCUGAUAAGGACUUAUUAGAUGUAAUUUUUAAUUUUAAACCUUUUUAUAAUGGUUCAAUAUCCAAUAUUUAUGGUAUGUUGCUAGGACUGAGAAAUGUUCCUGUAGACAAAAUUAAAAAUCUUUGGGAACAACACUUACAGACUUCAAUUUCUUAGGAAAUUUGGAAUGAAAUUUUAAAAUUGGUUAACACUUAAUCAUUAUGUGCCUGUCACUCCCUUUUACAAUUUAAAGUGGUUCAUAGGGCUCACAUGUCUAAAGAUAAGCUGUCUCGAUUUUAUUUGGAUAUAUCCCCUUUCUGUUGAAGAUUUAAUACAGUAGUGGAGAAGCUUCAUUAAUUCACAUGUUUUGGACAUGUCCGAGCCUUGAAAGAUACUGGAAGGAAGAAGUUUUAUCUGACUGUUGUGUGAUUUUUUUUUCAUGUGUGUUAUUUCUCUUCCUCCUUCUGUCCAAGCUGGUCGAAGGUAGGGUUUGAAUGUAAAUAGUAUGUUCUAAAGUUCUCAUUUAUCUUAGAAAAUUUUACUGAUUGAAAUGGGACCAAGAUAUUUUUAUUAAAAAAUGGUGAAUGUCAGUAUUGAUGAAAGUGUUUAUUGCCUUUGUUGUAUUUGUUAACUAUUGAGCUCUGUUUGGCAGGUUUUUUUAAGCCUUGAACUAAAUUUUUGUCAAAGGAUUUCCUUAUUUCAUACUACUUUCUAUUUUCCUUGCUUGUUGAUAUUCCUAAUACGUGGGUAUCAAGAGUCCCAAUGAAGGCUCUUGGCCCGAAAUGUUGAUUCCCAUCCAUAGAUGCUGCCUGACAUGCUGAGCUCCUCCUGCACUUUGUGUGUAGUUAUCUAGAUUAUCAAAACGCCGACUGUUUACUAUUUGCCAUUUAUGCUGCCUGGCCUCUUAGGUUCUUCCAGCAUUUUGUGUAUGUGUUGCUUGGAUUUCCAGCAUCCACUAAUUUUCUCCUGUUUUUGAUAAAAGCAAAAGCGGGGUCAUAUCAAGAAGCAAGAAAAUAGUUGGAAGUUGGAGGAUUUGAAAGGUUUUACAUAACCAUCAGGAGACAACUAAAAAACACACAGGAGAGACAUGAUGAAAAAUUAAGGGACGACCGACCAGGUGUGAGCCACGGUGGCAGAGCCUCUGGCACUGAGUCUGAUCCUGUGGUGCAGAAGGGUGGGACGGAGAAGAGGAGAGCUGUCGUCAUUGGAGAUUCCAUAAGGCUUUCUUCAAUUAUGUGAAGAAAAAAAGGAUGACAGGAGUGAAGGUAGGACCAAUUAGAGAUAAAGGUGGGAAGAUGUGCCUGGAGGCUGUGGAAGUGAGCGAGGUCCUCAAUGAAUACUUCUCUUCGGUAUUCACUAAUGAGAGGGAACUUGAUGACGGUGAGGACAAUGUGAGUGAGGUUGAUGUUCUGGAGCAUGUUGAUAUUAAGAGAGAGGAGGUGCUGGAGUUGUUAAAAUACAUUAGGAUGGAUAAGUCCCCAAGGCCUGACAGAAUAUUCCCAAGGCUGCUCCGCAAGGCGAGGGAAGAGAUUGCUGAGCCUCUGGCUAGGAUCUUUAUGUCCUUGUUGUCCACGGGAAUGGUACUGGAGGAUUGGAGGGAGGCGAAUGUUAUCCCCUUGUUCAAAAAAGGUAGUAGGGAUAGUCGGGUAAUUAUAGACCAGUGAGCCUUACGUCUGUGGUGGGGAAGGUGUUGGAAAAGAUUCUUAGAGAUAGGAUCUGUGGGCAUUUAGAGAAUCAUGGUCUGAUCAGGGACAGUCAGCAUGGCUUUGUGAAGGGCAGAUCGUGUCUAACAAGCCUGAUAGAGUUCUUUGAGGAGGUGACCAGGCAUAUAGAUGAGGGUAGUGCUGUGGAUGUGAUCUACACGGAUUUUAUUAAGGUAUUUAACAUGGUUCCACACAGUAGGCUUAUUCAGAAAGUCAGAAAGCAUGGGAUCCAGGUAAGUUUGGCCAGGUGGGUUCAGAAUUGGCUUGCCUGCGGAAGGCAGAGGGUCGUGGUGGAGGGAGUACAUUCAGAUUGGAGGGUUGUGACUAUUGGUGUCCCACAAGGAUCUGUUCUGGGACCUCUACUUUUCGUGAUUUUAAUUAACGACCUGGACGUGGGGGUAGAAGGGUGGGUUGGCAAGUUUGCAGACGGCACAAAUUUUGGUGGUGGUGUAGAUAGUGUAGAGGAUUGUCAAAGAUUGCAGAGAGAUAUUGAUAGGAUGCAGAAGUGGGCUGAAUAGUGGCAGAUGGAGUUCAACCUGGAGAAGUGUGAGGUGGUACACUUUGGAAGGACAAACUCCAAGAUAGAGUACAAAGUAAAUGGCAGGAUAUUUGGUAGUGUGGAGGAGCAGAGGGAUCUGGGGGUACAUGUCCACAGAUCCCUGAAAGCUGCCUCACAGGUAGAUAGGGUAGCUAAGAAAGCUUUCUUAAGUCGAGGGAUAGAGUUUAAGAGUCACAAUGUAAUGAUGCAGCUGUAUAGAACUCUUGUUAGGCCACACUUGGAGUACUGUGUCCAGUUCUGCUCUCCUCACUGUAGGAAGGAUGUGGAAGCACUGGAAAGGGUACAGAGGAAACUUACCAGGAUGCAGCCUGGUUUGGAGAGUAUGGAUUAUGAUCAGAGAUUAAGGGGGCUAGGGCUUUACUCUUUGGAGAGAAGGAGGAUGAGAGGAGACAUGAUAGAGGUGUACAAGAUAUUAAGAGGAAUAGACAGAGUGGACAGCCAGCGCCUCUUCCCCAGGGCACCACUGCUCAAUACAAGAGGACAUGGCUUUAAGGUAAGGGGAGGGAAGUUCAAGGGGGAUAUUAGAGGAAGGGUUUUUACUCAGAGAGUGGUUGGUGCGUGGAAUGCACUGCCUGAGUCAGUGGUGGAGACAGAUACACUAGUGAAGUUUAAGAGACUACUAGACAGGUAUAUGGACAAAUUUAAGGUGGGGGUGGUUAUAUUGGAGGCAGGGUUUGAGGGUCGGCACAACAUUGUGGGCUGAAGGACCUGUAAUUUGCUGUACUAUUCUAUGUUCUAUGACAAAUGCUUAUUUAGUCGAUUAACCAACAUUUUAGUAAUUACCUUUCUAUCAAAAUUCUGGAGUGCAAUGGGCCUUUAGCUGGCCGGGUCUGUUUCCUGUUCAGCUUUCUUUAAAAUGAGGGAAAUAUUGGCCUUAAAUAAAAACACAAAAUGCUGGCAGAACUCAGCAGGUCAGACAGCAUCUAUGGGAGGAGGUAGUGACGAUGUUUCAGGCCAAAACCCUUCAUCAGGAGACCUUGUACAAUGUUCUAGGCAAGACUUUAUCUCUGUUAGAGCAAGAUAUCAUUCUGAGGAGAAGUGGGGCAAGGAUAUCACAAAAUUUCUUAUAAAAUUCACAGCCAAAUCCACCUGGCCCAGCUGCCUUGCUGAAUGGAAAUGACAUAAUGCAGAAGUUAUUUCUUCCAAUGCGAAGUCAAAAUUUAUGUCCUCCCGAGCAGCGUCACUAAGUUUCGGCAUUACAAGAGAAUCAAAUAAGUCAUUCAAAUCAGAUUGAGUGGUAUUGCAUUUAGAAGUGUAGAGUUCACUGUAAAAUUCUUUAAAACAGUCAUUUAUCUCUUUGGGGUUAGUUAACAGGGUGCCUGCCCUCGAUCUAAUACAAUGAAUUGACCUUAGGGGCUGGAUGCCCCUAAGCUGCAACGCCAGGAGCCCCCCCUGACUUGUCCCCUAUUUCAAAGUGCUUUUGUCUUAACUUUAAGAGGAGGUUAUUUAUUUGUCUACCCAAGAUACAACUGUACUCAUAUUUAAGCUUCAUUAUUUUCUUAUCUUCUUCAGAAGAUUUCGAAGCCUGGUAUGUCGAUCCGAGGGUUGGGAGAGCAUUCUCAAUCUCUAAUAAUCACCCUUCUCUCUCCCUCUUAGCAGCAGAUUCAUAUGAAAUUAUAUACCCAUGAAUUACAACUUUUAAUGUCUCCCAGAGUGUGGAAUCCGACACCUCGCCAUUAUCAUUAAUUUCUAUAAAAUCUCUUAAUUCGGUGAUGAUAUUUUCAAAAAUUUCUUAUUGGCGAAUAGAGAGGGGUUAAAACGCCAGGAAUAGAUUUGUUUGGGAAGUGAGAAAUUUAGGGACAUUGUCAAGGAGCUAUGGUCAGAAAUUAAUUUAUUCUAUUUUGUAUUGGUAACGAGAUAUUAAAUGAGAGUCAACCAAAAAAUAAUCUAUUCUACUAUAAGAUUUGUGAACAUGAGAAUAAUAAGAAUAGUCCUAGUCGGUGGGAUGUUGAACUCACCAGAUAUCUACUCAAUUCCUAGAUUUAAUCAAAUUAUUUAGGAUCUGCACUGACACGAUAUUUGAAGCCGGACAGGAAGACAAUCUAUUUAAAUAUGGAUCUAGGUAGCAAUUGAAGUCAAUGCCAAUUAUUAUUUUUGAAUUACUGGCAUCCAGAAGUAAAUCAAAAAUUUUCCUAAUAAAAUUUGGCUCAUCUGUGUUUGGACCAUAAAUGUUAAGGAAAGUUAGCAGAAAUGAAUUAAUGGUGCCAGAGAUCAUAAUAAACCUGCCGAGAGGAACUGUGGUCAUGGAAGUGAGUUAAAAUGGAAUAAUUUUCCUAAAGAGGAUAGCCACACCACGGGCAUGAAAGGUAAAUGAUGACUGGUAUACCUGUGAUAUCCAGUUAGACCUCAAUCUGUUUUGCUCAGUUACUUUGAUAUGGGUUUCCUGUAGAAAAAUCACACUUGCAGAUAGAGAUUUGAGACGUCUAAAAACUUCAUCCCCUUAACAACAUGACCAAGGCCCUUAACAUUCCACGAGACUAUUGUAAUAUCUUUACCCCCCCAGCUGCAUUCUACCGCAUGGCCUCUGCAUAUGAGAAUAGAAACGAGAUUAUUAGAAUUGAGCACAAACUUAGUGUUACGCCUGCGCCCCAACUCUGAGGGGCUGAAGGGUAGAAAGUAGCCCCCUCCUUUUUGAGAAUCGCAAGAUCGCUAUUAAUUCAGGUCAGGAGACCCAGGAAAAGAGAGAGAGAGAGACGCAGAGGGGUUUGGAAUGUCCUGGCCCUCAGUGAUUUCAAAGCUACGGGAACAGGCCAUUGUCUCUUGGAGACGGAAUUGUGUAUUGAGCGCUGUGUUAUUCAUCGAUGCCCUCAAGGAAUGAGCAACGUGGGCUGGUUGGGGGGGAUGGCAUCCUCCCCAACCUGAUUGACAUCUGAGAUCCCGUGAGUAAGGAUAAAAGAAGGUCUGGGGAACAACCCCUUUUCAGACGCACCAGGAGAAACGAUAGAAAUCCAGCGACAGCGUUUAAUAGCGAAAGCCGGUGGAAAGCCCACGUGUGUUCUUUUCCAUUUGCCUCGGAAUUGGUGGGACUGACCACGGAAGACGGCUUAGCUAGAAAGGAAAAGGACACCGACGACAUUUCAAAGGAUCGACAUCAUAGAAAGGAAAACGGGCAAGUUCUAAACCCUGCUUCUCUCUCCAGCCUAAAUGAACUUGAGUGACUUCUAUAUUUCCAUCGGACAAUACAUUAUCCCGUAGACAACGAUAGAGCUAUUUCUUAUUGAUUAUUAUUAUACCCGCGCUUUUAGAUUCAGUAUUGACGACGUAUAUUAUCUGUAUGUUUGCAUUGAUAUUAUUUUUGUGUAUUUUUAUC